AAAGACAUGGAAUAAAGACCCGAGCUUGCAAGCCGCUGUCCUCAGGUGCUCUGUUGGAAGUGAGAACCAGUGCUCACAGAGGCAGUGGCCAGAGAUCCCUGAAGACCUCUGAUUGGGGUGUCUGAGAGGAGCAGGGCUUCAUGGAGCGCGGACCACCCAACAUGACGGUGUCCCCCACACCUGAAUAUCCAGGAUAUGGUUCUGAUGAUUCAACAGAAAAUAGUGAAAAUGAGAGUACAUUUGGAAGCUUUAACUUUUAUGGCUGGAUGAAGAUCCUCUUUCUGCUCAUUGCCCCGCUUGGGCUGCUGGGGAACGGCGCCGUCCUGUGGCUCCUGGGCUUCCGCAUCCGCAGGAACCCCUUCUCCGUCUACAUUCUCAACCUGGCGGCGGCCGACGCCCUCUUCCUUUGUGGCUCCUUUCUGAUCUAUGUAGAUGAGUUUGUUAAUAUUUUUUAUUAUUUAACUUGGACAAUGCUGUUCUUCCUCAGAUACAUCUCCUACACCGCGGGCCUGAGCCUCCUGGCCGCGAUCAGCACCGAGCGCUGUCUAUGCGCACUCUUCCCCAUCUGGUACCGAUGUCGCCGCCCCAAGCACACAUCGGCUGUGGUCUGCGCUGUCCUCUGGGCCUUGACUGGGAUGUUCUGGCUAGUACAUUUUUUCAUUUGGGAAUUUGUAUCUCCUCCCAGUUUAAACUUCUUCACCAUCCGGGGGGCGUGGUUCAUUCUCCUCACCUGCGUCCUGUGCGUGUCCAGCCUGACUCUGCUGCUGAGGGUCCAGUGCAGCUCCCGGCGCCGGCGGCCCCCCAGGCUCUACCUCCUGGUGCUGCUCAUGGUCCUCGUGUUCCUGCUCUGCGGCCUGCCCUGGGAGAUCGAAGAUUUCAUGUAUAUUCACUUCAACAUACAUUUGAUGCCUUAUUGGCUUUUUGAACCCCUGUCCUAUGUGAACAGCAGCGUGAACCCCCUCAUUUACUUCUUCGUGGGCAGACUAGGGAAUAGGAGGAGGGAGACGCUCAGGGAGGUGCUCCAGAGGGCCCUUGGGGAUGAGCAGGAAUUAGGAGGUGGGACAACAAACACUCCCCACACCAGCAGCGCAGAGACUACACUCUGAGCUAAGAACAAGAUGUUCAGACACAACAGCCCUGAAAUGACCCCCUUACCCCAAGCCCAGUAGCAGCUCCCCCCUCCCUGGAAGGAAAAUCAGAUUCCCCUGACAUUCCUUAUGUUGGUGCCUAGGAUGUGAACUCUAGGUGAUGAACAUUUAUUAGGUGCCUAUUGUAUGUCAGGCAGCUGGAUAUCCAAAAAGGACAGAACUCCAAAGCCUGGAAUGGGAAGAACUCAGGUCACAUCUAGUCUGAGAAACUAGCUGUAUAACCCUGCAGUCACUUAAUUCUGCCUCAGUUUCCUCAUCUAUAAAACGAACUAUCAAAAGAAAUGCCAAAACUCUCAAGCAUCUUUGUCCAGAAAACCCCAGAUAGGGUCAUAUGACUGAACAAGAAGACUAUACCAGGAACUGUACUAAGCCCUUCAAAACAUCUCAUUAAAUCCUCACGAUAUAGGGUGGGGGAAGGGAGGAGGAGUAUGUGUUCUCCAGAUAGUCAUUUUACACUUGAGGAAACUGAGGCAGGCAGAGGUUCAAUGACUUAAUCAAGCUACCAAAACAAGUAAGCUUAUGAGACUGGAUUUGACCUCAGAUCUUCCUUAUUCCAGGCCCAAUGAAUGCUCUGUGUACUUUGGAGCUCCAUAGCUUGCUGGAGGCUCCUUUAUGUAGGGACUGAGGUCCAGGGGUUCAUGUGUCAACAUCCCAGAGAAAGACUUCCAUAAUAAAUGGUAACUAUCCCUGUCCUGAAGAGUAGAAGAAGAAACACACACACACACACACACACACACAGAGAGAGAGAGAGAGAGAGAGAGAAAGAGAGAGAGAGAGAGAAACAAUUUCCUGUGAAAUAUCUUAGAAGACAUCAUUCAGCCUCCAUUUAAUUUCUCCAGUGAUAAUAAUCUUAUUCCUUCCUCAGUCCUUUCAGAACCCAUAUUUUAUCUAGUUUAGAUGCAGAAUAGGGGGAUCACAUAUUUUUAAACUUUUAUUACUUAUAUAAUCAAUCAUAUUGAUAAUGUUCAUUAGGUUAAAACAUCAAAAACCCUUUAUUUCUGAUAUAAAACCCACUUGGUCUUAAAGCAGAAUCUUUGUAAUAUAUUGUUAUAAGUUUUAGUCAAUAUUUUAUUGAGUAUUGUUGUCUCCAUAUUCAUUAGUGAAAUUAGUCUAUAUAUUUUCUUCCUCUGUUUUUACUCUUUGUGGGUUAGGUAUCCAUAUUAUAUUUGUUUCUUAAUAGGAGAUCAGUAGGAUCCCAACUUUGCUUAUUAUUUUAAACUAUUUCAUAUUAGAAUUAGUUAAUUUUAAAUGUUAGAUAAAAUUCUCUUAUAAAUCCAUCUACACCAGGUGGGGUUUUUUCCUUAGAAGCUCAUUUAGGGCCUGUUCAAUUUCUUUUUCUAAAAUAGGUGUAUUCAUGGCACCCUAUACCAAGAUAAGUUUAAAAUGGCUUAGAGAUAUAAACAUAAAUGGUGGUACCAUAAGCAAAUUGUGAGAAGAGCAAGUAGUCUAUCUCUCGGAUCUUUGGAGAAAGGGGGAAUUUAUGACCUAAGAAGAACUAGAGAGCAUC